AUGGCCUCCUCGUUAUUUUACUUUUUCUAAUCUACCUAUCUCUCUACUGUGCCAAACCAUAGAAAUAAGACAUUUCUUCUUUACUUCAACCUCUCUUCCUCGUCUUUAUCUCUCUUCAAACAAACAGACCGGUAAAAAAAAUGGCGAAAAGGAAAAAUCAUGCUGUAGACACUGGUGAAAGCAGUGAUAAUGAUAGCAUCAACAAUCAAUCUUGGAUGCAAAGUGCUGAUAUUCAAACUUCUCAACAUCAUCCUCUUGGAUGGGUUGCAAGAGCUGAGAAAUGCUUCAAGAAACAAAUGCAUGCAAAAACUAUUGAACUUGAAAAGCAUAAGGGUAUACAACAAAAUUUGGAAGUUGAGCUUCAACAACUAAAAACAUCACUAAACGUGUUGAAGAACUUUGAAGAAGAUGAUGUUGAGGAGGAGGUUGACUCAGAGUUUUUCAACAAGGUUAACGCUUUGGAGAGUGAACUAAUGGAAAAAGAAGCGUUGAUUGAAGAACUUGAAGCAUUCAAUCAAGUUCUAAUAACUAAAGAGCGUGAUCUAAAUGAUGAGUUGCAGAAUGCACGAAAAACUUUAAUCAAUGGUAUUGAGGAAUUAUCUGUUCCAAAUAAUAUUGCUGUGAAGAGAAUGGGCGAACUUGACAGCAAGCCAUUCCUCGAAGCAAUGAAGAAGAAAUAUAAAGAGGAGGAAGCUGAAGUGAGGGCUGCGAACUUGUGUUCAUUGUGGGAAUUCCAUAUGAAAGAUGCAGAUUGGCAUCCAUUCAAAUUAGUCACUGUUGAUGGCAAAGAAAGGGUAAUUAUUGAUGAUGCGGAUAAAAAGCUAAAUGGGCUCAAGAGAAGCGUUGGUAAAGCGGCAUAUAAUGCGGUGGUGGCAGCUCUAACAGAGUUAAAUGAAUGCAAUCCUAGUGGGCAAUAUGUAACCUCAGAAUUAUGGAACUAUGCUGAGGACAGAAGAGCAACUCUGCAAGAAGGAAUACAAUGUCUGUUAGACAACUCAUCAAACAAACGCGAGAAGGGAAAAGAAACAAUGGGAAGCCAUGCUAAUAAAGUUUGAAUUAGAGGAAGGGUGAUUGAUGAUUAAGGAAAAGAAGAAACUCAAGAAAGUGUUUAGUUAAGGAAGACCUUUUGUUGCUGAUUAGACCUUUUGUUUAUAUAGAUAGCUUAAGGAAUUUGGGAAUACGUUGAACUAGUUAAUGUCACUGGACCGUUGGGAGAAUCCAACUGCAAAACUAUUAUCAGCUUUUGUAAACAUCUAUCUGUGUGGGACAAUCAAACUGAUGUUAACAGCUUUUGUAUUAACAACUUUUGUAUUAACAGCUUUUGUAUUAUCUAUCUCUAG